GCUCCUCCUCGGCCGAUCGCUUCGGCGCUCGCUCCACCCACAUCCGAUCCGGCUAACCUUAUCCGCCCGCCCGCUCUCCCGGCCGGCGAUGCUGCUGCCGUCCGCGCCCCACUCCGCCGAGAGAUUCAGCGCCGCGGCCUCCGGGCUCCGAUCCCUGCUCGCCGCGCCCGACGCCGCCCGGGCCGCCGUCGUGACGCGGGCCGUCGUCGCGUCGCGCCGCUGUGCCGGUGGUGGUGGCGAGGGCGUCGCCGGAGCAAGCGGCGACGACGGGACGAGCAUCGGGCACAGUGACGAUAUCGAAAAGGCAAAGAAGGACGAGGAAGAGGGUAUGAAGGAGGCCGCAAAGGAGGAGACCACGGAGGAGGAUGAAGAGGAUUUGGAUGGAUUCUGGGUGUCGUACGGGCGCCGCCGCCCGAGGCGCCGGCUGCCCCCGCCCAUCCCCUCGCUGGUCGCCCGCGGCGCGCUCCGGCGGACGCGCACCGGCGACGGGCGGCUCGUGAUCCGGAUAGUGCCCGUCGUGCGCCCCGAGUGCGUCCGCGCCCGCCGCCGCGGCGAUCGUCUCACCAUGCAGCUCCUCGAGCACCAGGACGAUUCCCCGAUGAUGGCGCCCCCGCUCCGGGAACCCAGCAGCGCGCGACGAAGUUGCCGCGACGUCGUCGGGGCUGCGCGGGCGGGCGAUGGCACGGCCGCGCCGGCGGCAGGAGGUGUCGGCGGCGUGGAGCAGGCGGUGGCAGCACCUCCGGCGGCGCCCCCGCCACGGGUGUCCUCCGUGGGAUGCUUCGAGGAGGUGUUCAGGUUAGACCCGAUCGGCAGCAGCUCGCUGCACCAGAUGAUGCCCAGCCUGAGGAUGGUGCAUUGAUCGACGAGCCGUUGUGGCCGAGGAAGAAACAAAUUUUGUAGCUCCUUGUAUACAGUAGUGCCUUGUAAAUUGUAACCAUACCCUAAUUGGAGGAUGAAGAGAGUAACUA